UCAAACGAGCCAGGGCCGGCCAAGUGAACCGUGCCUGAGCCCGAUUCAGAGCACUCACACUUUUCAAACGAUCCGGGAAACGGGCCUGAGCAUUGUAUGGAUAGCAUAGUGUGAGUAGGCCCUAAGAUCAGCUUAUAGAUGGAGUUCCUCACCAAACAACAUUAUCUGAAGGUUUUUUUUCUAUUAUUGUAGGCUUGCUUUAUCAUAUAAUUUAGGCAAUUAUGCAAAGUAUGAAAAUACAAAGCCUAUCUUUUUAUGUUGAAUUUUUCUGCUACUCUUUUAUAAAUUUUUCAACAUGUUUAGAUGAUGAAACUGAUUUAUUUCAGCGUGUGCUUUAUUUUGUAAACCUAAGGUAAUGCUUUAGUCUUUUUCAACUUUUUAAUUGCCUAAUAAAGCGUAUUUCACCUCACAUAAUAUUGAGUAAAGCGGCUUUUUUGUCUACAUAAGCGAUUGUUUUGACUUUGAGCAGUGUUUUAUUUUGAAGAUCCGACGUUGCUCCUGCCUCGCCGUGAUGACGUCAUCGCUGACGCGUUCAUUCAGCGUCGAGUCUUCAGAGCUGAGUGAAAGACAAAGACAGAGUUUAUUGAAGGACUGUGUGAAGAUGAGUGAUCCAGAACCCUGCACAAUUAAACAGGAGGAGACUGAAGAACUAAUAGACCCGAGUGAAGACAUGAAGGUCUACCUUGAUCUCCAUAUAAAGCCGAAGCCUGUCUUAUGCUCUCUGUGUGGCAAGAGUUUUGCAUGCAAGCGGAGUUUGAGAAGACAUCAGACUAUUCACACUGGAGAGAAACCGUACCAGUGUUCACAGUGCGACAGCAGAUUCCGUCAGGCAGAAUAUCUGAAAAAGCAUGAGAUGAUCCACAGUGGAGAGAAACCAUUCAAGUGUUCACACUGCGACAAGAGCUUCAGCUUGUCCGUAUAUUUGAAAACGCACGAGAGAACUCACAGUGGAGAGAAACCGUACACGUGUAUCGAGUGUGGGAAGAGUUUCAGGCGAUUAUCACACCUUAAACGACACAUGCUGAUCCACACUGGAGAGAAAGCGCACGGAUGUGAGCAAUGCGGCAAAGCGUUUUCAAGACCUACAGAGCUGAGGAUCCAUCUUAGAGUUCACACAAAGGAGAAACCGUAUCCAUGCUCUGUGUGUGGGAAGAGUUUUUCGCAGACGUCAAGUUUAAGACUACAUCAGAAGAUCCACAUCGGAGUGAGAGAGUAUGUGUGCGUUGAAUGUAACAAGACUUUUAUUAGAUCCGGAGACCUGAAACAGCACCAGAGGAUUCACACUGGAGAGAAACCGUUCACAUGUACUGAAUGUGGGAAGAGCUUCACGAAGUUAGCAAUCCUUUAUAAACACAUGAUGAUGCACACUGGAGAGAAGUCAUAGUGUGAUAAUGCAGCACAACAUGUUUGAGCGCUUUAGAUCUUAAGAUUAGCGAAAGGUGUUGCAUCAAAUUGGGUGGCAUCUGGACCAUAAAGCUGCAUGUGAACACACCGAAGAGAUGAAAGUAGUGAUGGGAAGUUCGUAUCAUUUUACUGACUCGGAUCUUUGAGUCUUGUUCAUUGAGAUGAACGAAUCUUCACGAGUCAUUUGGUUCAAUUUGCCAAAAUAUUAUUAAAAUGUUACGAAUUGCUUCCAAACACAUCUACAACUAAUCCAAAAGGUUGACUGCACGACAAAUAAGUCAUAAAUAGAAUACUAUAAGAAGGAGAAAAUAAUAAUUCAAUGUUGACCUGCUCUUCUGUUUAUGAAGGUAUUGUCGUCUCUUUGCUCAGCUCACCUAUUCAUGUCUUCAAAUGUCAGGGGUUCAUUCACAUUACACUGACAGUCACAUAUAAUCUUAAUCAAUGCACAGUUUGAGCCGAUAGGAGCCAUAAUCGUU